AUGGACAAUGGGUCUUGUGUUGUGGCAAGGUUGCCAACCAGUAUUGCUGGCCCACCAAAGUUAAGAACUAACUCAGAAGUCGCAACAAUGACAUAUUUACAAACCAAGCUCUCGCUUCCGAUACCGAAAGUCCUGGACUGGAAUGAUGAUCAGUCAAAUCCAAUCGGCGCAGAGUAUAUCAUCCAGGAGCAUGUAAUGGGUGUCCAGUUGCACCAGAUAUGGCCCAAAAUGAAUUCAGAACAACAUAUGCUAUGCACAAAGAUGCUUUCAUUAGCAAUAAAAAAGAUGGCAUCCCUGGACUUUCCAGCUUAUGGUAGUCUAUACUUCUCUGAUGCACCGAUAGACUCGAGCAUAAAGGUUCCCUUCGAGCAGGGCUUCUGUAUUGGGCCGAAUUGCAGUCCGGUUUUCUGGAACCGGAAUCCCGGGGAACUUGAACUCUACGGUGGUCCAAGUCCCAACUGCGGUCCCUGGAAAGACCUUACAAGCUAUUGUCUAGGCUUGAUAGAGACCGGCUUCUCGCGUUUACCGAAGGAACCCGUCACCCACGAGCUUCUCCCUCAUCAAGGGUCCGUUCAAGAUCACAUCCGUUUAUUGAAAAUCAGCCAAGAAGUGAUGCAGAGGUUGGUUGAAGAUAAACGCGUUCAGGAUGCUGCUACUCCAACUCUGCUUCACCCCGAUUUUCACAUGAGGAAUAUCUUUGUGUCAGCUGAGGAACCAACUCUCAUUACUGGCCUGAUUGACUGGCAAUCAACAAGCAUUGAGCCUGCAUUUAUUUACGCUAAUGAGACGCCUGAUUUCGCUGCACUUCCUGAGGAACCUGGGGAAGACACGUUUGAGAGCGGACACUCUAAACAAAAGUCUCCUGAUUGCAAGGAACGAGAAUGGAAAGAUGCAUUGAUCUGUUAUCAGACAUAUGAUGUGUGCAUGAAGGGACUUACACCUAAGUUACGCCCUGCAAGACUACUUGACCCAUCUUUGUUUCGACUCUUCCAAUACUGUCACACAACAUGGAGGGACAGUGCCGCAGCACUCCACCAAGAGUUAAUUGAGCUUUCCGCUCGCUGGACCAAACUGGGGCUACAGGGAGCUUGCCCGUUUUCUCCGACUGAUAAGGAGGUGAAAGAGCACGCUCGAGAGUAUGAGGAUUUUGAGACGUUCCAAAAACUUAAAUUAUGGCUAAAACACUCCCUCCAUACGAACUCGGACGGGUGGGUUCCGAAUGAUCAAUGGGACGCUGCGAGAGAUGCUCAUCGCGCAGCGUAUGACCAAUGGAUGCAGACGGCCAGAGAAUCUGAGUCUCGUGGCGAGGGUCUGACAGUAGCCAAAGCGGACCAACUGUGGCCAUUUGAUGCUAGAUAA